AUGCUGCCAAAAUGCAAAAGAAAAGACUGCAAAAAAUACCAAAGGAUUAAAUUGCCAUAUGAACAAAAGAGCAAAGAACCAGCAUGCAUUCAGAAAACCACACAGUUUACAACAAUACUUGAUGACAAGAAUGAAAUACAAGCUGCAAACAGUUUUGAAAGAACAGAUCAUGAAGUCACAGAGCAGAAUCUGUUGAUACAAAAAAGAAAAGAACAGAGAGAUGUUGAUUGUUGUAGUUCAAACAACUUUCCCAAAAUAUCAAUUCAAACAUUCGGUGAAGUAAGCGAUGAUUAUGAUGAUAAUGAAAAAAAUCCAGAAAAAGAAGAAAAGUAUUGCAUGAAGGGCAAC